GCUUUGGUGAGUGGUAGACCUGGCAACACUGCACGAGUGUUUUGUGUUUUGUUUGUUGUACAGAAUAAUAUUUAUCAAUAUUGUCAACGUAUUGAUUUGUUGUAAUUUUGUACACGUAGUGUAUGCUGUAGUGUUAUAUAAUUAAAAUGUUGAGAAAAAGUGUUUCUGUUGUUGUAUUGGGUGAUGUUGGGCGAAGUCCUCGAAUGCAGUAUCAUUCCUUAUCUUUCGCUAGAGAAGGUUAUGUGGUGGACGUAAUAGGUUAUGGUGGUUCUGAAGUCCUCUCAGAACUUCGCUGUCAUGAAAAUGUUAAUAUUAGGACACUGUCAGAUCCACCGGAUUUUCGUAAAUAUACUCCAGCACUCAUUGGAUACAUCCUGAAGGCGCUGUGGCAGGCAUUCAGUCUGUUUUUCACAUUGAUAUGGAAGAGACGAUCGCACCACGUGGUGGUGCAGAACGUUCCUGCCGUGCCUACUCUAGCAGUCUGCUGGGUGUACUGCUUGCUGACAAAUGCAAAAUUCAUCAUAGACUGGCAUAACUAUAGUUAUUCGAUCCUAGCUUUGGCAGUGGGGAAAUCUCAUGUUCUCUAUCACAUAACACGCUGGUUUGAAGGAUUCUUUGGCCAAAGGGCGUGUUCAAACCUCUGUGUGACACGAGCUAUGAAAGAUGAUUUAAAAAAAAGGUGGAAUAUCAGUGCUACAACACUGUAUGACAGACCGCCUGAGCAGUUUCACUCGGUGUCCCUCUCAGAGCGCCAUGACCUGUUUGAGAAGCUAGCAGCAGAGUACCCCUUGUUUGGGGACUGCGGCAGCGGUGGGAAGACGACAUUCACCGAACUGCGAACAGACAAGUCCAUCACCCUGAGGAGUGAUCGUCCCGGCUUGCUUGUGUCCAGUACCAGCUGGACUGAAGAUGAAGAUUUCUCUGUUUUGCUUUCUGCUCUAAGUGAUUACGAAGAAGCAAGUACACUAGAACCCAAGACCUACCCUCGGCUGGUGUGUGUAAUUACCGGCAAGGGACCACUGAAGGAUUACUAUUGCAAGUUAAUGCAAGACAAAGCUUGGAAGCACAUUCAAGUUGUGACGCCAUGGCUUGCACCGGAAGAUUAUCCUUUGCUGUUAGGAAGUGCUGACCUCGGAGUUUGUCUGCACAUAUCAUCCAGUGGACUUGAUCUCCCAAUGAAAGUUGUAGACAUGUUUGGCUGUGGAUUGCCAGUUUGUGCCUUCAAUUUUCCCUGUUUGAAGGAGUUGGUGUCCCAUGAAGAGAACAGUUUCGUUUUUAACAAUGCAAGUGAACUUGCAAAUCAGAUUUUGUCAUGGUUUGAGAAGUUUCCUGUUAAUUCAGUACAGAUACAGAAAAGAUUGAAAUUUGGUGAAGAGUUAAAAAAGUUCCAGGAACUUCGUUGGCAUGAUAACUGGAAAUUUAAUGUUUUACCUCUUAUAGAGAAAAAAUGAAAAUAUAUAUCAUGUCUGGAUGAAAUGUUUGCACGUGAAAUAGAAACUAUAACUGAAA